CCGGGAGAACUAGUAGAUACUAAAGACCUGGAAGGGCCGGGCUUUUGAAAUAAAAUAAAGGGUUGGACCGGGCUUUUUAAGGAUUUUUCUUCGACAGUAAAUAAUCACAAUUAUUAAAAAUUAUAUAUAAUAAAAUAUAUGGAUAAAAUUGAUGGAGGUAGAUAGUAGGCACCAUAGACCUGCAAGGGCCGUAAAUUUUCAGCCCGGUCCGGUCCAUCAAUUUUAUCAUCAGGCCCGUCCCGCCCGGGUCCAAAAAAUAUUGUGAAAAAAAAGCCCAGACUUGGGUUUUUUUUUGUAGGCCUGGUUUAAAAAUUUUGUAAAAUGUUUACAUGACAAUGUCUUAUGACAAGUAUUUUAAUGAUAACUGGGGUUUAUGUACCUAAUACUUAUUACAUUUACUUGUAGUUUUAUGAAAACUAGCUAAGUAGAUCUAACAGAAAAUACUUUUAAUUUACCUACGAAAAAUCAGCUACAAAAUUAAGUCAAACAAGGUAGAUCUCAAGAUGAUUAAAAACAUUAAAAAAUUAAAACAUCACAUUAAAGAAAAGUCAACUUACUAUUAUUCUCACUCCUCAACCACAAUUUUAACCUACACUUCUUCUAAAUAAAAUCAUAGAAUCAACUUCCAAUUGAUAUUUUAAAUCUAUAAUAUCUAUAAUAUUUUUAAAUCUAUAAAAUCAGUAAUCACAUACAAUUUCAAUUGAGUGUCAGUACAACUCAGUACCAUCGUGCUCAGUACUCACCACAAUGUAAUAUCAACAAUACCUAUUCACAUAGACCUAUAAAUUCGUUAUUUAAUAUUCGGUGUAUGGUGUUCAAAAUUAAUCUUAACUUUACCGUUGCCCAGAAUAAAAAUUCUGAUUCGCAGCAGUACAUUAUCAGGUGGCGGUAGAUCGCGGACACCAUGCUGUUUGCACGUAAGUGUAUGAUUUAACUCUAAAAUAUUAAAGUUAUACCAAGUUUGUCAUAUUCUACCUAUGGUGGAUAAUUAUAAUCAAAAUCCUAACCUAACCAUAUUAAAAUCAGAUUAAUAAAAAAAACCAAAUUUAACCUAUCUUUUUCCCAGAGAUCUAAUCUACACACAAACAUUCAAUUAUACAUAUAUAUAUAUAUUGACGAAAAAUAAUAAUACAAAUCAACAAACAUGGCCAUCGUAACCACCAAUAGCAAGCAUUUUAAUCUGCAACUAAAUUUUUUAUUAUUUAGUUUAUUUUUUUCUAGACAGAUGGCGCCACUGUUGUUGUUUGUUUCAUCCAUAUUUCCUACUUUUCCGGUUAAGUUUCUUAAAAUUGUAUUACAUAAAAACCUUCUCCUGACAAUUACGAACACAACAAAAAAAGAAUUAGCAAAAUCGGUCCAGCCGUUCACGCGUGAUGCGACGACCAAGGAAUAGACGUUGUUGUUUUUGGCCAUGCCGCGAGGUGUGCAUUUAAUAGGCCAUAACUCCGGAACCACUUAUCGCACAGCGUACAAGCUUCACAGAAACCAUAUUUAUAUCAAUUUUAAUAUGCACUGAAAUUGGUUUGGUGGAUCUUGAGUUAUUCAAUUUAUUUAUAAUGUACACUUAUUUUUAUAUAUAUAGAAGAUAACAAACUUUGGAUAUAAAAUAAAGAUUUAAAUAAUACAUUUUUAAGUUUGAAAAUUCAAAGUGUGGAUGUAAAAAUUAACGUGAGUAUAACUAUAACUAUAACUGCGCAGUGUAAGGUUAAAUAUAUUUUAAAAUGAGUUAUUUUUUAUAUUUGAUAUGUAAUCAUGGUAAUUGUAAAAAAGGCAUGAUUUAUUAUUUUAAAUUGUGAUUAUUUACAGUCGAAGAAAAAUUCUUAAAAACCCCGGUCCAACCCUUGUUUGAUUAUUCGAAGUCCGGCCCGGCCCGAAAAAUUGUACAAAUAAAGGCCCAAGCCCGGUCCGGAAUAAAAUUCCAAGACUUAAAAAAUCCCGGUCUAACCCUUUAUUUUAUUUCAAAAGGCCCGGCCCGGUCCAAUGUCACUAUGGGCCAGGCUUUUUAAGGACCGAGUCAGACCGGCCCUUGCACGUCUUUAGACUAGGUACCCACGAAUAAAAUACAAGUACCCUCGCUGCGGAACAGUACUGGGAAAGACAGGAGUAAGGUGGUGAUAAGGGCGCGUAUCGCCACAAUAUUUAUUAGAUAUUUUUAUUUAGUCAUUUUCUUGUCGUUUCGUUUCGCCUUCUAGCAAGGAUUUCCUCAGACGUGAAAAUAGCCACUGCGAUUUGUAAAUUUUACCGAAUAAUAUACAGGGGUAGUUUCUAUUGGUGAUUGCUAUAGUAUAAGUUUCAAUGAUGGCCUCAACUGUUCAAAACAAUACAGCUCAAAAAAAAAGGCCACUACGAGCCGUAGAAAAAAGAUCCAAUUUAAUAUGUAAAGUGAAAUAUUGCAAUAUGCUUCCAGACAUACCCUUUGAUUUAAAAUUCCUCUCGUAUCCUUUCGAUGCAACAAGAUUUGUACAAUAUAACUCUACGCCUUUAGAGAGAUCAUACAAAUUUGAAAUACUUGUAGAUCAUGAUUUAGGACUCAACAUUAACUUGGUUAAUAAAGACAAGUAUGCAUUAAACUAUAAUUUACAAAUGCAUGAUGCUGAUGAAAAACUUUUGGAAGAAGAUGCCUUAGCUCCACAAGAUUCUAAAAGGUCAAGACGUCAUGCCAGAAGUGUAUCAUGGUUACGACGUACAGAAUAUAUUUCUACAGAACAAACUAGGUUUCAACCACAAACAAUUGAAAAAGUUGAGGCUAAAGUUGGGUUCAGUAUCAAAAAGAACUUUAAGGAGGAGACUCUUUACACGGACAGAGACAGCCAGAUGAAAGCAAUUGAAAAGACGUUUGAAGACAAUAAAAAACCAGUUGAAAAACAUUACAGAAAACCAAAUGUCCAUGCCGUUGAGACAUUUAAUGUUUUUCCAGAUUUCAAAAAUUGGAGAUUUCCGUGUGCUCAAGUUAUCUUUGAUUCUGAUCCAGCUCCAAUGGGUCGGCCUAUUCCAGCUCAAGUGGAAGAAAUGUCUCAAGCUAUGAUUAGAGGUGUAAUGAAUGAAAGUGGUGAACAGUUUGUAGCUUACUUUUUACCAUCUGAAGAAACUAUAGUUAAACACCGUGAAGAUGCUGUUGAAGCACGUCCAUAUGCUGACGAUUAUGAAUAUGAGUACAAAAUGGCCAGAGAAUACAACUGGGUUGUAAAAAGCAAGAGUAGUAAAGGAUACGAGGAAAAUUAUUUUUUUAUUGUACAGCCAGAUGGAGUAUUUUAUAAUGAAUUGGAAACAAGAGUUCGUUUAAGUAAGAGGCGACAAAAAAUUGGUACACAAAGUAGUAGUUCUAAUACCAGAUUAAUUGUUCGUCAUGUUCCAAUCAAUGAACAAGAAUUCAGUGUUCACAAAUUGAGAGAAAAACAGUUACAACCGUACGAUGAAGAAGAAGAAGCUAAAGCUGAGGAAGCAGCUAAAAAAGCAAUGCAAGCUGCAAAAGAAAGUACAAAGGAAAUAACAACUACAAACAAAGCAGAUAGUAAUGAAGAUGAUGAUAAUGAGUCUAGAAAAGAUGAUUCUAAAAAGAACAAUUUAGUUUCAGAUAGUGAUGUUUUUGAUGACAAUGAAGAACGUUUAGCUACAUCUAACACUAAACGUGCUAACAAUGAAAUAGUUGAUGAUGGCAAAGAAAAAAAUAACAAACGUCUAAGACCUGCUAGUGAUGUAAAUUCUGAUAGUGACACUAGUGAAAUCUAAUAGUCAUAAGAUUAUUCAUAAUAAUGAAGAUUGAUUGUUAUUCAUUAUUAAAAAAAACAUUUAAAAAUUGAAAUGAAAUACGUGUUAUCAUUGAUUAUAAAUACUAGUAUUUAUAAUCAAUGGUUUUAUUUUACAGUAUUUAGUAAUAUUAUGUAAUAUUAUUAUAUGAUGUUGAAUAAUAAUUGUAAUUUUUAACACGAAAAUAAGCCACCAUAAUACGGUCAAACACUCAUAUAAUGUCUGCAACAGUGCAAUGUUGUGUUACUAUUAUCGAGUUGUAUAUACAAAUUACCAGCAUGGCGUUAGGUAUUAGCUAAAAAGUUUUCCAAAACAAUUUAUUUUUAUUUUCCUAAAGUUUACAGUUAUGUCAGGUAUAUUAAACAAAAUCUAUAAAUUGUAUUAGUAAAAUUGUUUAUAAAUACAAAAUGCUCAGUCAUAAUUUAAUUUAAAGGUCUUCAAUUAGCCUACCAAGCCCUAGUGCCAUUAGAAAUUGGAUUUCAAAUAUUGAAACAAAAUAUUUAUUUUUUAAAAAUGUUUUAAAAGAAAUUGCAAAUUUUCCUGACUAUGACAAAUAUUGCUGUCUUAUGUUAUAUGUCUGAUGUUUAUUAGAUUCUAUAUGUGAAUUAAGAAGGAACUUUAUUGGGACAAAGUUAAUCAUAAGU